AGUAGAAGAGGGAAGAAGGAGGGACGAACCCAAAAAAAAAAAGAAAGAAAAGCAGCUAAAAAAUGCGCUCCCCAACCCUCCUCACCGCCUUCACGGCCUUGGUCCUGGCCCCGGCCUCGAUCCUCGCGACCCCGGUCGUCUCAGACCCGCGUCUGGGCGCCGUCGCGUCCGAGACGUCCGAGUGCUCGCACAUCGGGACGCAGAUCCUCAAGGCGGGCGGCAACGCCGCCGACUCCAUGAUCGCCACGGUCUUUUGCGUCGGCACCAUCGGCAUGUACCACAGCGGCAUCGGCGGCGGCGGCUUUCUGCUGGUGCGGUCCCCGAAGGGCAAGUACGAGUUUGUUGACUUUCGCGAGACGGCGCCGGCGGCUUCGUCUGAGAACAUGUACAAGAACAAGGGUACCGGGAGCACUCGUGGUGGGCUUGCGAGCGGCAUCCCCGGCGAGCUGCGCGGGCUCGAGUACCUGCACAAGCACUACGGCAAGCUGCCGUGGCGCGACCUGUUGGCCCCCUCGAUCAAGCUGGCCAGGGACGGCUUCGUCGUCAACGCCGACCUGGUGCGCUACAUGGACAUGGAGGUCGACAAGCCCGGCGACGGCGGCUUCUUCGUGUCGGACCCGUCGUGGGCCGUGGAUUUCGCCCCCAACGGCCGCCGCGUGAGGCUCGGCGAGACGAUGACCAGGAAGCGCUACGCCAAGACGCUCCAGCGCAUCGCCGACGAGGGGCCUGGGGUCUUUUACAGGGGCGACAUGGCACAGGCCACCAUCAAGGCCCUCCAGGCCACGGGCGGCAUCAUGACGCUGCAGGAUCUCGCCGGCUACCAGAUCAAGCUGCGGAGGCCGGCGGGCAUCAACUACCGCGGGUACAAACUGACGGCGACGUCGGCGCCGUCGGGUGGCGGUGUGGCCCUCGCCAUCCUCAACGUCCUCAAUGGCUACAAGGACUUUGGGCACCCGUCGGCCGUCAACCAGUCGACGCACCGACUCAACGAGGCCAUGCGAUUCGCCUACGCCCAGCGCGCCAAGCUCGGCGACCCGGCCUUUGUGAACGGCACGGAAAAGUUCCAGAGGGACAUGCUGUCAGGCGCAACGGGCCAGCUGAUCCGCUCCAAGAUCUCAGACGCCAAGACUCAGGAUACGGCAUACUACAACCCCGAAGGGCUCGAGUCCCUCGAGACCCCCGGAACCUCUCACAUCGCCGUGGCCGACGCCAGCGGCAUGGCCGUGUCGCUGACCACCACCAUCAACACUUUCUUUGGCUCGCACGUCAUGGUCCCCGAGACGGGCGUGCCCAUGAACAACAACAUGGACGACUUUUCCGUCCCAGGCAUGACCAACUCCUUUGGCUACCUGCCCAGCCCGGCCAACUUCAUCCGGCCCGGCAAGCGGCCCCUCUCCUCCAUGUCCCCCUUGAUCGCAGAGGUGCGCGACGGCAAGAGGCUGUACUUUGUCCUCGGCGCCGCCGGCGGGAGCAGGAUCAUCACCAGCACGGUGCAGAACGUCAUCCACGUCCUGGACGAGGGCAAGACCGCGCCCCAGGCCCUGGCCAUGCCCAGGCUGCACGACCAGCUGACGCCCGCCGUGACGACGUUUGAGUGGGCUUACAACAACGCCACGGUCCAGUACCUCAAGAACCUGGGCCACAAUGUGUCUUGGGUCGCGCCGGGACAGAGCACCGCCCAGGCAGUGCGGUUGUUGCCAAACGGAACAUUUGAAGCUGCUGGUGAGCCGAGGCAGUUGAACUCGGGUGGGUAUGCUGUUUGAGUUGUUGAUUGUCUUUGGGCCGUUGGGAUGAUAGUCUUUUUUUUUCUUUUUCU